CCGACAGUCGACCUAUUUCAGCGACGACAGUCUUUGGUGAUAUGAUUAACUGUAAUUCGAUUGACGUUGAUUUUUAUUUAUUUUUUUCGGUUCAGAAGCUAAAAAUGUCUAUAAACCGUUUUCAUAAAUUGGAACUCGCGACAGUGGCGAAAUACAUGAACAAUUUGCGUUUGAAUAUUGUGAAUAAUGAUCAAAAAAGGAUCGCUUUGAAAUGGAUAAGAUCUAUGAUGACUGGGUAUUAUUUAUUCAUCGCGUAUUACGGUUUAUUCAAGCUGGAUUUUGCCAGUAUAAGUCAUCCUACUUGGAGAAAUUUGAAAAAUCACUGGUGGAAAUGUAUUACUGUCUGGAAUGUCGGAUUACAAGUUCGAUAUUUUCUGAUGAGUUUUUUAAUCGACCACGUCGACAAUCUUCCAAAAACAAGUCCCCUGAGAAGAAUCGUUAUGUUCGGUAAACGUGUUCAAGAUUACUGUUUCAUUACAUUGGAUGUGCCUUCAUCCAUUUUCGUUUGUUCAUUAUUCUGGUUGAUUCAAACAUUAAAUAGGCCUUUAUUCUUCCCAUCUGAAAUGAGCAAUUGGAUACCUGAUUGGUAUAAUCAUGCUGUACACACGAAUCCAUUUUUUGUCAUAUUUUUCUUGAUGUUUUUCAACUUUCAUAGAAAUCCGCCGGUUACGAAAGCAGUUUUUGGAUUGUGCCUUCUUAGUUCAGCGUAUAUCAUGUGUGUUCUGCACACAAGAUGGACCACUGGCCAGUGGAUAUACAUGGUGAUUGGCGAAUUGGUUGAAAAUACUCCCUUAGCGAUGUUUCUAGUAUUGUUAACCGGUUUUAUAUUUCCUAUCUUUAUUUUAUUGCUAUGCUAUAAAUUGAAUGAUUUUAUAUGGAACGAAAGAAAUUUUAAGAUGUGUAAUUAGAUUUGUGUAUUGUGUUGAA